GCUAAUCCACCCUGGCUUGAUCAUGUUGAAGAUAUUACUGCGUUAAAUUUCAUCAAUGAAUCUAGCAUCUUACAUUUGCUUAGACAACGAUAUGGCAAUAACUUGAUACAUACUUUUGCCGGGCCUGAACUUAUUGUAAUUAAUCCAUUACAUACACUGCCCAUAUAUUCCGAUAAGGUAGCGAAAUUUUUCUAUGGCUGCCAAUUAGGAGAUAUGCCACCCCAUAUCUAUGCUACCGUACAAGCUGCUUAUAGGAACAUGCUAUCGACUCUAGCUAACCAAGCUAUAGUACUAAUGGGACCUAGUGGUUCGGGCAAGACCACAAAUGCACGUCUUAUUAUGUCGUAUUUGACUAGUAUUAAAUAUCAAAUUAUAUCCAUUCUAGAAAAACUCAAAGCUGCUAACAUCUUGUUGGAUGCCUUUGGUACAGCUAAAACCUCUAUCAAUGAUAAAGCUAGCAGAUACAUUAACCUAACAUCGUUAGAUUUUGACAAUGCGGGAAAUUUUGUUGGAGCGUCAAUACAGGCGCAUCUUCUUGAAAGAUCUCGAAUUAUUAGAAAACCAGACUUUGAAGGAACAUUUUCAAUAUUUCACCAACUGCUACAUGGUAGUGAUGCUGCAUUAAGGACUGAUCUACAAUUAAACCUUAAAAAUUCAGGAAAUAACCGUUUCAUAAACUCAAGCGAUUCGAUAACGGAUAAACAAAAUGAUAUUAGCAAUUGGGCAAAAGUACAAAAUGCUUUUCAACUAUUAGGAAUAUCAAAAGAGAAUGCUAAGGGUAUAUGGUUUAUUCUAGCUGGAAUAUAUCAUUUAGGAUUCAUCAAUGUUGUUACAGCGGAAAAUAGUAACAAGAUUCAUUAUGAAGAUCCAAUGGCUGCACAAAGAGCUGCCAAUAUCUUGGGAAUCACGCAAGAAGAAUUAUCACGAAUAAUAUUCAAUGUAAAGCCCUCAUCACAAGUUACUGGAAGUAACACGCUGUCCACUUCGAGCUCAAUUUCUAGCUUACACUCAGAAAGUCCGCCAAUGUCUCCUAUGGGCUCAACAAUAGAAUCUUACGUUAGAAAUGUCGAUGGUUUAGCAAUGGCGCUAUAUGAUGAAUUAUUUUCUAUCAUACUAUCGAUUAUUAAUGGUAGCCUUAUGUCACAAACAGUGCAUAGUAAGCAUUCAAUAACGAUAUUGGAUGUACCUGGAUUGCAAAAUUAUGAUGGUAGUCGUCCAUCAGGAUUCGAUGAUAUGAUAUUUAAUUAUGCGCAAGAACGGGUCCAGGCCUAUUAUCAUAAUAAAACAAUCUCUGGCGUUUUAGACAGAUACGAUCAAGAAUAUAUUGAUAUUAGUUACUCUAGUGAUUCUGCUAUAUCGCCUAACGAAUUGGUAUCGCUAUUUGACAAAGCUCCAAGCCAAGGAUCUCGAAGACACAGUACAGUUCGAGGUGACCAAAAGGGUCUAUUGCGACAUCUUGAUGAAGAAUCAGGAUAUAGUGGCUCAACUGAAGCAGGCUUUAUCGAGCGUCUACACUUUUAUAAUAGCGACUCCGGGAAAAGUCACUCACUUAAAUUUAGUGAUAAUAGAGAAUCGUUUAUUAUUUCCCAUUGCCAAAAUUCGUUCGAUAUUGAAUACAACGCCAGCAAAUGGUUACGUUAUGCUAAAGAUUUUCUAUUACAAAGGCAGGCUACUAGCAUAUUAAGUAGUUCCUCUAGGUCUAUGAUAGGCUUAGCUUAUCAAGGCUUUACACGUUCUCAAUCCUUACAUCUUAAGCCUACUAGUCCAUCCAGAUUGAGAGGUUCAGUAAGUUCUCUGCAUAAGGUGAACAUUCGUGGAGGUGUUAAAAAGACUGCGCCUUGUUUUAGGCCUAUCUUCGAAAUGGAUGGUGUUUUAGAUAGCCUUCGACGCACUACUGUUCGAUUUAUUCAUUGUCUGGUUUCAAAGCAUCAUCAGACAUCAGAUAGUGGUAAAAAGACUAGCGAUGAAUUAUUUAAUAUACCUUUAAUGCGUAAACAAUUAAGCGCAUCUGAAUUGAUCGAAUCUGUUCGAAUAUUUCGAGUUGGAUAUCCUGAAAAUGUUCCCUAUGGAGAAUUCCGAUUCCGCUUUGGAGUACUCGCCUCAGCAGAUAAAAGGACUAAGGGACCCAUCAUAGACGAAAAGACUGCAGCGAAAGAAUUAGUAGAAGAACUAGAAUUAGACAGAUCAACUUAUCGCUUUGGUUUAACACAGAUAUUUUUCAGAGCUACGGCAUUCUAUCGCUUAGUAAAUGCACGUGAUGAAAAAAUAACCGAUUCUUUAAUUGGCGUGCAAGCAUAUUGCAGAGGCUACCUAUCUAGACGC